CACACAGUUAGUUCUAUACUAUUAGUGGAGUAGCUAAGUUUUUGUUCUGUCUUGUGUCUGGUAAAAAUGCUAUCUUCUCUACUACCGUUAUCAUCAUCCGCCAUUUCCCGCGUAAAUCUCCUCCCAAAAUCCCUACUUCACUACACUGUAAUUUCAUCAUUCAAAACCUUAAAUUCCCGCAAUCGAAAAAUGAUAAUAAAACCCAAUCGCUUUCCCCUAAAUUCUCCACUCUGUUGCUCUUCCACCUCCACAAAACCACAAUUUACCAAUAUAUCCUCCUCUAAAGAUGACUUAGUUGUCCUCGGCAUCGAAACUAGCUGCGACGACACAGCCGCCGCCGUUGUGGGAGGCAGUGGUGAAAUUCUAAGUCAGGUGGUUUCUUCUCAGGCAGACUUGCUUGCUCGAUAUGGAGGCGUUGCUCCUAAAAUGGCGGAAGAAGCGCAUUCACAAGUAAUUGAUCAGGUUGUGCAAGAAGCACUUGAUAAGGCUAGUUUAACUGCAGCUGAUCUUUCUGCUGUUGCUGUUACCAUUGGUCCUGGUUUAAGCCUUUGUCUUCGCGUUGGUGUACGGAAAGCUCGUAAACUUGCUGGCACUUUCGGUCUACCAAUUGUCGGUAUCCAUCAUAUGGAAGCUCAUGCCCUAGUAGCCAGGUUAGUUGAACAAGAGCUGCGCUUUCCUUUUAUGGCCAUGCUCAUUUCUGGGGGACACAAUCUGCUUAUUCUAGCUCGUGAUCUUGGCCAUUACAUACAGUUGGGAACCACAGUAGAUGAUGCAAUUGGUGAAGCAUAUGAUAAGACAGCUAAAUGGCUUGGUCUUGAUUUGAGGAGAAGUGGUGGACCAGCAAUUGAAGAACUUGCUAGGGAGGGUGAUGCAAAAUCAAUCAAAUUUUCAACUCCAAUGCAGCAGCAUAAAGAUUGCAAUUUUUCAUAUGCUGGUCUGAAGACUCAAGUGAGGCUGGCAAUUGAAUCAAGAAAUAUCAAUGCGGACAUUCCCAUAUCCGUUGCAAGUAGCCAAGAGAGAAGUACCAGAGCUGAUAUUGCCGCAUCUUUUCAGCGUGUUGCGGUGCUACAUCUAGAGGAAAGGUGUGAACGGGCUAUUGAGUGGGCCAGGAGGAUUGAGCCUUCUAUUGAAUAUCUGGUGGUUUCUGGAGGUGUUGCAUCUAAUCAAUAUGUUCGCACGAGGCUUGAUCAGGUUGUGAAGAGGAAGAACCUGAAGCUUGUAUGUCCACCUCCCAGUCUUUGUACUGAUAAUGGUGUAAUGGUCGCUUGGACCGGAAUUGAACACUUUUGUAUGGGAAGAUUUGAUCCUCCACCACCUGCAGAUGAGCCGGAAGAUUUUACGUUUGAUUUGAGACCAAGGUGGCCACUGGGAGAGGAGUAUGCUGAAGGAAGAAGCACAUCUCGCUCUUUGAAAACAGCUCGGAUUCAUCCGUCACUUACAUCUUUAAUUCAGGCAUCAUUCCAGCAGCAAUAAUACUUGCACCUCCAAAUUCUGAGUCUAUUGUAGAGCUGCUCUAGUUGAGCAACAUUUUUGUAUAGAAUAUAACAUUGUUGUAAUAUAAAUUGUUUUAAUUAGUUUACUGUACUUUUUAAAAUGAGAUA